AUGAUUCACAACGACCACUUCGCUCCCAACCCCAUCUCUGGCAGCCUGUCCAACUCCGACACUGCCCCCAGCCCCAUGGACGGUAUCCUGCCCAACCCCGACAACGCUCCAGCGCAGGAUGUCCUUGCUGGCGCCACUUCGCCCUCUCGUCUUCGCGGAACUCUCACGAAGCUUACCAAGCGCGUUCGCAAGUUGUCUGGCACCGCGCCACUCCUUACAGUUGUCGCUCAUCUCGCCCAAGGCAACGCGCAAAGCACCUCCGUCGUUUCCAUCCACCCUCUGCCCAGCUCGAGUGACAACUCGGAAGCCGUGGCCCCUGCGACCGCCCCCGGUACACCUACCGCGAAGGUCUUCCCGCCCCUCCCACCUCUCCCACCCCUCCCACCUCUCCCACCCCUCCCACCCCUUCCACCCCUCCCGACCCCCAACGUCGUUGCCCUCAACGACAAUAAGCCAACCCAAACCUCCGCCACCCCUCGUCGUCCGAGGGCUACCACCAACUCCCGCCCCCCUCUGACAACUCGUCAUCGCAUUCCAUCCAACGUCCGCCGCCCAUCGUUGGGCAAGAACUACGACGACGCCAGUAAGGCUCCUCGGGUCUCGAUGACCCCACUCUUCCCCGGUGCUGGAUUCGGCGGACAAGCCAUUCCCCUCAAGCGCUCGCCCGGGAUGCUGGAGCUCUCACCUCCUCCUUGGGCCUCGUGUGAGGGCGGAAACCCGUCGGACAUCCAAGAGUAUCCCACAAUCGGCCAAUUGAUCCAGGACUUGACUCGGGAGAGAGAUACCGCUCAGCGCAUCGCCCGUGAAGCGGAGGCCAAGCUGAGCGAGAAGGACCUUCUCCUGGCCGACGCUGUCGAACGCGCUCGCCUCCUCGCCGACCAAGUUGAAGAGAAGGAUAGUGCGCUCGCCAGAGCUAAGGGAGAAUCCGAGGCUACCGCUACCAACGUGUCCGUUCUUAUGGAACGGUUGAUUGGGCGCGACAUCGAGAUCAAGAGUCUCGGGUGUGAGAUGAUCGAUCUCCUCAAGGAGUCGAUUGAGCAGGAGAAGGAAAUUGGCGACCUGCGCGGCAAGCUGGCGCGGGCAGAAGAGACAAUCGCCGCCCAGUGCCGAGCCCUUGACCCUCGGCCUAACCCGUCUUCGGGGGCCGGGAGCGGUGAGCCCUGCACGUGCUCGGCCUCGGUCCAGCUCAAGGACAAGGAAGAGGAGUUGGCGGAUAUUCUCGGAGCCCUUCGCGAGACCAAGGUCGCUCUGAGCCAACGCAACGACCAACUGGAGGAACGCACCGCUCAGCUCUCCGCCACUGAAGAGGAGCUCGAGAAGACCAUCGCUGCGCUCGCCGAGACGAAAGCCUCCGUGGAGAUCCCAAACGAGGAGCUCACGGCCGCGGCAGACACUCUAGAGGCGACCAAGGCCGAACUCGACAACAUCACGGCCGAACUCGACGACAUGAAGGACAAGUUGUCGCUCAAGACAUUGAUGUGCUCUUCAUACGAGUACCAGAUCACUUUCCUCACUACCCAGAGGGAGGACUUGAGGGAGGAGAACGGCUACCUCCGUCGUCAAAUGGCCAACGGGUUCGAGGUCAAUCCGCGGUGGAGCGGCCACUCUUCAACUGCUGCAAUUGGUGACUGCGGCUACCUAGACCUCACCCUCCAAGACAACGCCGCUUUCGAGGACGAUUGGCGCGAAUUUGUGUCUUGCGACGAGACGCAGAUGUACGACACGCAGAUGUACGACACCACGAUCGAUUGCAAGGCCAGUCGCGCCAGUCGGAGGGCGUUCCGUCCCGUAUGGUAA